UGCGGAGACAAAAUGGGUCGCUAGUUUCUAGCUGACUCACUUUCACAAGUUUCCCGUCAGUGAUGAUGACAGCUGUUUAUGUUUUUGUUUACGGCCCUGCUCUCAAUUUCCUCCGGUCAUAAGGUCAUGUCGUGAUUCCGCUGGCGGACGCCUCAUUCUGCCCUGGCAUGUGUUAGGUUUGAGACGUCUCUGUGGCUAUGAGAAUUUGUUCCUUCUGUUUUAGCACACUUAUAAAGGAGGGAAAUAUGGACACUUGGGUCGUGGAAAAGCCAUACAAAGAGGGGAAGCUGAAGAUAAGGAAGGUGAAAGAUGUAGAAACAUGCAGAGAUCCGACGGGGAAACCAAGGAAAAGGACAAAGACACAUGACAAUGUGAAAACGGUAAAGAUGGUGGGAGGAGAGAAGAAUGAAGAGCAGGAGGACGAAGAAGAGAGUUCUUGUGUGAACCAACAGGAAGAGACGGAAAAGGAGAAGCAAGAGGGGGAGAUGAAGGAGGAGCAAGAGAAGGAGAUUUCUAUAAAGAACCACGAGGAGAUGAGGGACCAGAAAGAGGAGGAUGAGAUCUCUGAUGAGAAUCAAGAGGAGAAGACGGAGCAAGAGGAGGAGGAGAAAGAGCAGAUGGAAGCGGAGGAAGGAGAAAACACUGUUGAGGCUGAAGGCAUUGAAACGGAGGAGGAGUCGGAUGAGCAAACGGAGGAGGAGGGAUUGGAGACGGAGGAGGGGGAAUCGGAGGAGGAAUCGGAGGAGGAGAGGGACUUUAAAUGUAAAAAAUGUGGCCGUCGCUUCAAGCGGAUGGAGCAUCUCAAGCUCCACAUGCGCACCCACACGGGCGAGCAGAGCUACCUGUGCGGCGAGUGCUUCCGGCGGUUCAGACACAAGGGCAGCCUCGUCAGGCACAUGUUCCUCCACUCGGGACAGGAGAAAUACGUGUGCGACAAAUGCAGCAAGCGCUUCAGCCGUGGUGACAAGUAUCGGGAACACCUGCUGAAACAUGUCACCAAAUCUAUCAGCAUUGAAGUGGACGAUCCUUACGCUUUUAACGAGUGUGACAGCGAAACGGAGAAAAAAAUGCAAAGGAAAAAGAAGAGGUCUUUUGCAUGUAGUGAUUGUAAGAAAACGUUCUCGCGGGCGUACCGUUUGAAAAUGCAUCGUAGGAUACACUCUGGUGCCUCGCCAUUCAAGUGCGAAGUGUGUGAAAAGGAAUAUGAUCUGUUGGAGCGGUUAAAAGACCACGUGCGCGUGCACAGCAGCGAGAAAGUGCACGAGUGUGAAAAAUGUGGAAAGAGGUUUCUUCGGCUCCAACACUUCAAGAACCACGAACUGACGCACACAGGUGAGAAGCCACACCCCUGCACAAAGUGCAAAAAACGAUUCACCAGGAUCGCGCACCUGCGCGCUCAUAUGAAAACACAUACUAGAGAGAAAUCCUACGAGUGUGACUCGUGCGGCAUGCAAUUCUGCCAGGCAAGUGCUUUCUGUCGCCACAAGAAAACUCACUCCGGAGAGAAACCCUUCAAAUGUGAACAUUGCCAGCAGGAAUUCAGUCGUCUUGAACACUUGAAGAGGCACAUAUGGAUUCAUUACGAGCCCGCGCCCUAUAAGUCACGUUUGAGGAAACCAUUGUUUAAAAAAAGUAGCUGUAUAAAUGGUGAUACUUGAUUUCUUAUGGUGUGGUACUAUGUCCUAGUACGUCUGUACGGCUGAGAGUGUUGUUAUGUAUAGUAUAUCUAUCACAAGAUUUGAGAGGGCUUACUUAUUAAACAGAAAAACAAGGCAAAGCUAAACAAAACAAAAAGAAGGAGAUUGUGGGAAAUUGUGGCAAUGUCAAAGCAAAGUGGGGGAGGGUGCUGAUGAUUUUAUCUCCUGAAGUUUUCUUGGAGUUUCGCCAAAAAACACUCCAAAUUGGAAUAUUUCGCCAAGCAACACUCCAAAGUUGUUGUCUGCUGCUUGAGACAAAUAUUUGGAUAUGCUAAUUGGUAAUAAACGUUAAUGAGGAAACACUUUCACAAACUAAAAAUGGUUUCCUCAAACACAAACGUUUGAGGAAACUAUUGUUUAAAAAAAGGAGCUGUAUAAAUGGCGAUACUUGAUUUCUUAUGGCGUGGUUACAUUUGUCUUCGGCCGCCCUACGGUUUUGAUGGCUGAGGCAGAAGUUUGCAAUCGUACGAUGAUCGUACGACGAUCGCACGAUGAGACUAACCAAUUAGCUCUUACUCUUUGUUUCCGUCCUCAAGUCGAACCGUUAUAGUUUAGAAGAGGCUCCUGUUAGACACUGUGUAUUACUGUGUCUCAUUUUAAUUCUUGGAAUUCUGUGUAUGUGAGAGGUUGGCUCCCGGGUUUCCUGAAUGUUGCGCGACGUUAAUUUCAUUCGUAAUGAAUAUUUUGAACGUCCUGAAAUGCAACUGUCUUCCAUAAGAGAUGCCAAAAAGGCCUUUGCGACAACUGAAAGGUACUGCAGCAUUCCUUUUCAUCGCCGAUGAGAAUUCUACGGCACCAUAUUCACUUCCUAUGUUAUUCGGCACCUUUUGAUAUUGUUCUCGUUUGUGGACUCGUUUGUGUAUGUUCUUAUCCAUAUUAGCAACGUUUCUUUUUUUAUCGUUGUUCUGGUUUAUUCUUUUGUUACGUAUUUGUUUAUAUAUUUUACUUAUUACUGUUACCCUUUUGUACAUGUAGCGGCAUGUGUUCAAGCAUACGCUUGAAUCCUUGUCAGAUGAUCGAUGAUUGAUCAAUGAGGUUUUACGGUAAAAUCUGUUAUCAAGACACAUAUUUGUACAUAAGUGUAUAUAAAUGCUUAACUCAAUUGCUGACGUUACCAAUGUAGAUUUUCCAAACUUUGUUCUUUAUAUAACCUUGUAGUCUAUUCAUUAACAGAGUUUAUAAAUGUUACUAUCGAAGUGCUAUUAACUGCAGUUCACAGAAACCGCAAGGCUACAGAAAUAUUUAGCCGUCACUU